AUGUGUCGCGGCGCCUCGAUACUGAUUUUACUUUGCUCUUUACUCGUUUCUUUCAGUAUCUGUGAAGGGAAAAAAUUGAGAAUCGUAGAUGGCGCGAGGGUGAAUAGCAUAAAGGAUUAUCCGUUUCAAGCGUCCUUGCAUUAUGGAUUGUUCGGCCACCUGUGUGGAGCCUCGAUAAUAAAUAAACGCUACCUUCUGACCGCCGGUCAUUGCGUUCACGCAUAUGGAGACAAAGAACCACUGGAUCCUGAAGUAGCCGAGGUCGUAGUUGGUACGCAACACUUGUCAGCACCCUCAGCCCAGAGGUACGGAGUCGAAGAGUUCAAACUCCAUCCCGAAUUCAAGACACUCGAGUACAAGCCAUAUUACGCGGAUUUGGCAUUGGUGAAGUUGAAGGAGGACCUGGAAUUCAGCGAAAAAGUUCAACCAGCGAAACUGCCGGAAGCGGAUCAUGAAGUCGAGGAUGGAUCGACGGUGAUCCUCACCGGUUGGGGAUAUACAACGUUCAACGCCGACGACAGCGAGGACUUUUUACGAUACACAAAAAUGCAAGUUUACGAUAACCAAAAAUGUCGAGACGAGUGGCGAGCCAGCGUGAACGAGUACGAAAGCGACAUCAGAUUUCUCAUCAUGGUUACCAAAGAGAUGAUCUGUAUAAAAGGCGGCGGCAACUUUUGCGAUGGCGACUCCGGCGGGCCGGUGAUCGAUCGAGACCACGUUCAGAUCGGCGUGAUGAGCUUCAACGACGACUGCGGCUCGCAACUGCCGAGCGUCGCCACCGACCUGAGAGUCUGGAGGUCCUGGAUAAUCGAUGCAUCGAAAAUCGAAUGA